UAGGUCGUGAGUGUAACAUGUCGCUAACACAUUCAAGCAGCCACAUAGCUUUAACUUUCAGCUUAUAUGAAGAACAUUAGCGACACUUUGAGUUUCUCUGACUGAAGCGUUAGACAACAACACUGUGUAAAAAACAAUACUUACUAAAGGAGCACGUGCAGGCGGGUUGUGAACAUGUCUACAGGUUAUCCCACACCUGUUUUCUCUCAUGCUGGACGAGGAGACUUCAGAGACGUUUACGAGCCGGCGGAGGACUCUUUUCUCCUGAUAGACGCCCUGGAGAAAGACGCAGACAGGCUGCAGCUGAUGAGCCCGUGUGUGUGUUUGGAGGUGGGCAGUGGCUCAGGAGUGGUGUCAGCUUUUCUGGCAUCAGUGGUUGGACCUUCAGCUCUGUAUCUCUGCACUGAUGUGAAUCCUGCAGCAGCACAGUGCACAGCGAAGACAGCUUCCUGUAACAAUGUUUCACUGCAGCCCAUCAUCACAUCCCUGGUGGAGAGUCUUCUGCCUCGCUUAAGUGGGAAAGUGGAUGUUCUUCUCUUCAACCCUCCCUAUGUGGUCACACCUUCAGAAGAGGUUGGCAGCACAGGUAUAGAGGCCGCCUGGGCCGGCGGGAAGCGAGGACGAGAGGUGACCGACAGGUUGCUGCCUGUGGUGGCGCAGUUACUGUCUAGUAAAGGGUUAUUCUAUCUCAUUACCAUCGCUGAGAACGAUCCAGAGGAGAUCAUCUGUUUACUGGGCAAAUGUGGCUUGAGGGGAGAGUCAUGCUUGUCGACAAGAGCUGUAAAUGAGAGGCUGUCCGUCCUGCGCUUCCAAAGGACGUGACAAACAUGGACCGCUCCUGACAGGAUUACAGGACCUUUGAACUGACUGGGAAACAGGACAGUAUUUCCUACAAGAAAGAAAACUGCAAGAGAUUCAUCAGAGAGUUGGUGUGAAGAACAUUUUCUGAUUGAAGUGAUGCACCAAAAAAACACAGCUUGAGUAACAAACUUGAAGGUUGUCUAUGUGACAGAAUGAUAACAAAAGUUUGGGAUGUUUGAACAGUAAAAAGUUAAUAUUUUGACCUAAGUUGAUGCCUUGUUAGUGUCAUUUUUGUGUUAAUAAGACCAGUUUUCAGUUUCAGUUUUCAGUCGUAUUCAGUUCCUUUAAUGGCUGGCAGUAAUGUAAAGUUGGAUGUAGUGAUGGCCAAAUGAAGCCUCAUGAAGCAUUUUCUUUAUUUUCUGAGCCCACUAGAUGGCGCUUUUUGUUCAUCAAAAGGUUGAAAGCACAUUGAAUUGCCAUUCUUCGAGCCUCUCUCUUUAAGCCAUGAGUGCCAUCUAGUGGGCUCAGAAAAUAAAGAAAAUGCUU